AAACAACUCGCACCUCGCCGCUUUUCUACAGUCGAAUUCUACUUUUCCGACGCCAACUUCCCAUACGACAAGUUCCUGUACACCCUCUCCCUCCGCGACACGCUCGGAUGGGUCGACCUCCCCGUCCUCCUCUCUUUCAAACGUAUGAAGGGACCUUUUACCCAGGUGUACGGGGACCAGUUCAUCAUCGGCUGUUUGAGGGAACGGGAAGUCAAGAUGCAGGGCGUGAAAGACGGGGCUUCGAGGGUGGGCAGUCUUUGUGUGAUCAGCGAGGAUGGCAAGAAGAUUAGGAGGAGGGAAAAGGAGUUGGUCAAGGAUGUCACGGCUUGGGAUAGGACGGUCUACGUCAAAGGAUUCUCGACCGGCUCCACCCCGCACAACUCGCAAGAACAGCUCGAAGCCUGGUUUAAGCAGUUUGGAAAGAUCGACGCCCUCCGAAUGCGUAGGGCCGAGCGGGAGUACAGGCCCAGGGGCAAGGAGGAGGCUGGAAAGAAGGAGGACUUCAAGGGGAGCGUCUUUGCAGAGUUCCACACGUUGGAGGAUGCCAAGAAGUUUGUGGCGAUGGAGAAGAAGCCGACGUUCCACGGCGAGGAGGUCGUCGUCAUGUUCAAGGAGGACUACGUGACGGGCAAGGCCAAGGAAAAGGGAAUCGACCUCUCGACCAUCCACCGAGGUACCGGAGCUGGUGGUGGUGCUACGGGCGCCAAGUACAAGUUCAACGCUUUCAGCUUCAAGAACGGAGGUGUCGCAUCCGCCGGAUCCAGCCGAGAAAACAAGAGGAAGAGGGAGGAUGGCGACGACGAGGACCGAGAAGGAAAGAAGGAGAAGAAGCCCGUCUUCCUCUACAUCGAAUACCUCGGCAAGAAGCUCGCCGUCGACCGUGCGGCUGGUACCUUGGCCGAUGCGGACGAGCUCGACUACCCCCGACAGACCGUCUUGAAGUUUAGCAACCUGCCCGAGGACGGUGACUGGAAGGAGCUCAAGACCAGCCUCAUCGACGGAGGCUUCCCAGAGACGUUUAUGAGUUACCCCAAGGGUGCCGCCGCCGGGAGCUUGUGCUUGAAGAGCAACGAGCCGAUCUCGGAUGAGACGCUCGAGAAGAUUCAGGGAUUGAAGUUGGAGCUCGGAGGCAACACGGUCGAUUGGCGAAGGGCGACUGACGAGGAAGAAAAGGCCUUCUGGUUGACCCGGGCCAACUUCCAAGCCAGUCAGGCCGUGCGAAAGGCCGACGCCGAAGAUGCCGAAAGAGCAGAACGCAACGCCGAGGCCAUGAAGGAUGGAAAGCGAGGUGGCGGUGGACGAGGUCGAGGCGGUCGAGGUCGGGGUGGUGGUGGUGGUAGGGGCCGGGGCGGUGGGCGAGGCAGGGGCGGACGGGGCGGUAAGAGGGAUUGAGCGCGCAGUUUAUAGUUCUCUUGGAAUGUGGGUUUUUUAGUUUUCGAUCAUGUCAUGCCGAUGUCUUUCGCAUUACCCAUAGAGCGCAGGGGUUUCUGUCUGGCAUAUCAAUAUGCUUGCCAGGUCGACAGCAUGUUAGGUAUGUCGAACGAUGUGAUGCCUGAUUAGAGACGCCA